UGAAAAAGAGCGAAGUAGUAGCUAGUUUUGUGUGCAGGGACGUUUUCCGCGUUGAAAACGGCAAAAAACAAGUUUCCAGCUUGCUCCAGCAUCUUCAAAAUGUCCGACCGACAGCAUAGGUAAUUGGCCACUAUUCAGUGAGGUACUGUUUCGAUAAUCUGGCGAAUCACUGUAGCCGUUCUUGUGCGGUUCCAAAUUUGAUUGUUCCAAAUUCUUUACAUAAUCGAACUUGUGCCCGUCGGUAGAGUACGUUGCGAGUGGAGGAACUGCGGAAGUGGCUGAGCGCUGUGAGGCAAGAAUGAACGGAAGGAUGGUCGAAGAAGCGAGUGAUAAAAACGAAAACAUUGUUGUGUAAUCCCGAAAACGGCCAUAGACGAAUGCUGCUGGCAGAAAAACAAGUAGAUCGGUCAAAGGGAAUCUGGCAAAAAUUGAUUUCUGUUGUCCGGCCAUCGCGAAUAAAGUGAUGUUCGGACGGCGUGAUGAGAUUUGCUGGAGGUGGAGGACCUUUCGAAAGCAAUCGACAUAACUUGAUGAAGCAAGAAUUUUUUUCCGGUGCUAAACGUACUUAACCUUGAACUUUCAUUCUAGUCUGAUAUUGUUCUAUAUCAGUUAUUUACUGGAGGUGUAAGAAAUUUGUUCUAUGUUUGAUGCAUGUUUGGGUAACGAGCGCAUAACUGCAGCAAUAUCGAUGCUCGAGAGAUUUGUAUACCGACCAAGACUAGCGAGCAUCUAGCUGCACAGACCUAGGCACCAAUCCGUUGGCUUAAUAGUUCCUAUGGUACGGGCAAUGUCUGCCUUCGAAGAACUAAAACGACUCAGCCCUAUCGAUGAGCUGAAAUCUCCCACGGUGCACGUGAUCCGUGAGGUAUACGAGGGCGAGAAUGCACACGAAACAUUCGAACUUGAGUUGGACAAGGCACUGUAUGCCAAGGCGGAUUACAUCAUCAUAGAACCGUCGCGGUUGGGCGAGGAAACUGGCCGUUGGAUUGCUGUCGGUAAUUGUCUACAUAAAACGGCUAUUAUCAGUGGGGUGGCCUCGGUGGCGGCCGGGUUAGCCUGGCGCGACCGGUUACUUUUCUGCGCUCCAAUGUGUGCGGUGUCCAUAUUCUGUACAGGUUUGUACAUGGUUUCCUGGUCCUACGAUCCCUGCGUUCAGUAUCAAGUUGAGAAAAAUCCCAAAAGUCUGUCAAAAGUACCAAACGUGAACGAUUUCUCUUCGCCGAUAGUGUUAGUUUAUACCAGUAACAAGUGCGCCAAAUAUAGCCACCGUGUCGUAACGUUUCUCGCCAGCUCGUAUUGCGUGUGGCGCAUUUAUCAGCUUUUCAAAUAACUGGCAGGGUGGCGGCAGUGGCGUUCACGAAAACAUGUGUACAGAAAAAACGGUUUUUGAUGAAGAUUGCGCUCAGCACCGGGAAUUUAGGGUCACAUUUUAGCUUCAAGCGUUCGUUUCAAUGAAUUUAUUAGGGUCUAUUUUUAAACUGUAUAGGUGAAAAUUUUUUUGAAUUGAGAUACAAUUUUUUCUUCGGAACUGUGCGAUUAAAGUUGAAGGAAAUUUUAGAAUCCAUCUUACAGGAGUCAUUUUUCCAUUUCUGUGCAAAAGCAGGCGCUGCGAUCUUAUGUGUGAAAGACUUAGUAGUAAAAGCGUGGAAAUGUUUUUGAUCAAUAGCGAAAGUUUAGCUUUAUUUGUCGUUCAAACUAUUCAAUGGAUGAAAUCUCAAACAUAAGGGUGAGGUACGGAACUGUGAUCAAACGUCGGUCAGCGUAUGAAAAAAGACAUUGAUUCGAAUCAAACUUUCCGGGGGUAGCGCUAUAACAAUGUAUACGAGGCAGCAUCAGGUGAGGUUGGGAAUCGUACUUUGCAUUACUUAAACCCACCUUCACACGGUGUCUCAGGUCUGUUCGCUCCCUGCCUCUAAUCUGACUGCCUUUACAUUUAAGCUGAUAUCAUAUUGAUAUCGAUUGCGAUUGGGCCCAGAGCGUUGCUGAACUACAUCCAUUACUUUUUCUGUUGAUAAAGAAAUCGGGCGCAGAUAUUGAUGACAAUCAAACUGUCUUGUUUGCGCUGUGUUUCUGCUGUUGAAUUAUUUUGUUCUUGUUUUUCAGCUUUACAAGUCGAAUGUCAAAAUCAGGUAAAACGUGAUAUUAGAAACGAAAGAGCAAGCCUAACGUGUCAGUUUAUUGUUUCGGAAAAACCAGCCGGGAUUACGCAAAGUUUAGGGAAUUUAAUGCAUUUAAUGGAAGGUAAUGAGAGUUAGGGAAGGAUAGCCAGAAUUGGUCAACAUACUUAGCUGCACAAGUGUCUAGAACGAAUGUGGUUUUUGUUUCGCUCAAAGAUAAUUUCUUUCAGUUUAAUAUUCUUCUGUUUUAAAGAAACUACUUAAGGUAUUCUCUCAAAGACAUCAGUAAUAUGAUUAUAAGUUUUAAGCUAGAAAAAGUCAAGCAUACGCGGACUAUAAGGCGGAAGGCCGGUGGAGAAUGUAGUAGUAUUAUGUUUCAUUAUAAGAACAACUGUAAACGUUGUAUGAGGAAACUCGAAAGAUCCGUGUAAAAAGUAAAAUAAUCAGUCAGAAAUACUAACAGUAGAAAAAAUAAACAUGAAGUCUAGUUUUGCAAA